CCCUGCCGCUAGCGGACUCGGCUGGUCCUCCGUCCUCCGGCCCGCCGCCCCUGCCAUCCAGUUGGUGCGGUCCAUGGCGAGCACAUCAUGGCGAUUGAAGGUGGAGAGAGAACCUGUGGAGUACAUGAACUUAUUUGUAUUAGAAAAGAAUCUGGAAUCUGAGUGCAUGCUGAUCUCCCAUUGACUUCUGUUCUAUUACUGUGCCCCAUCAGAGAGAUGUGAGGAGUUGGUUGAAAUUCAAAUCGGGAAUAUAUCAAAGACCACAACAUCCUAUGACACGAACAACUGUCUAUGCUUCCUUAGACAACUGGGUGGUUCAACAAGGUGGCCCCAGGAAAGUAUCUCCAGAGGCAGUUGGAUUUUUGUCAGCUGUUGGGGUGUUUAUUAUCUUGAUGCUGCUCCUUUUUCUCUAUAUUAAUAAGAAGUUCUGUUUUGAAAAUGUUGGCGGGUUUCCAGAUCUUGGUUCAGGAUACAAUACAAGGAAGAAUUCACAAGACAAAAUGUAUAAUUCCUACAUGGACAAAGAUGAGCAUGGUUCAUCCUCUGAAAGUGAAGAUGAAGCACUGGGUAAAUAUCAUGAGGCCUUAUCCAGAACACAUAAUUCUAGACUACAGUUGGUAGAUUCUAGACAAAAGAACUACGCUUGGGAAACAAGACAAAAAUACAGUCCUUUAUCUGCAGAGUAUGAUGGAUAUAGUAGUGAAGCAUCAAUAGACGAAGGAAACUGCAUUCAGAGAAUGAGAAGAACACCGCCGCUGGAUGAAUUGCAACCACCACCAUAUCAGGAUGACAGUGGUUCUCCCCAUCUCUCAUGUACACCUUCAGAAAUUGGGGAUGGUAAAUGUGAAUUUUCCCACUGCAGCAACAGUCCACGAUGCUCAUAUAACAAGUGCCCAAGUGAAGGAAGCACAGGUCAUGAAAUAGAAAGUUUUCAUAAUAAAGGAUAUGAAGAAGAUGUUCCAAGUGACAGCACCGCAGUCCUGAGCCCUGAAGAUAUGUCAGCUCAAGGAUCGUCUUCACAGCUUCCUAAACCUUUUGAUCCUGAGCCAGAAGCUAAAUAUGGCACACUGGAUGUGACUUUUGACUAUGACUCACAAGAACAGAAGCUUUUGGUAACAGUGACAGCUGUCACAGACAUCCCAACAUAUAACAGGACAGGUGGCAACUCAUGGCAAGUACACCUUGUUCUUCUACCUAUAAAGAAACAGAGAGCAAAAACCAGCAUCCAGAGAGGACCAUGCCCUGUCUUCACAGAAACAUUCAAAUUUAAUCAUGUUGAAUCUGAGAUGAUUGGAAAUUAUGCAGUUCGGUUUAGACUUUAUGGUGUACAUCGCAUGAAAAAAGAAAAGAUUGUGGGGGAAAAGAUUUUUUAUUUAACAAAAUUGAAUCUUCAAGGAAAAAUGUCAUUACCUGUGAUACUGGAACCUUCUUACAAUCAUUCUGGUUGUGACUCCCAAGUGAGCAUGUCAGAAAUGUCCUGUAGUGAAAGUACAUCGUCUUGUCAAUCUCUUGAACAUGGUUCAGUUCCAGAAAUUCUCAUUGGCCUGCUUUAUAAUGCCACAACUGGAAGAUUAUCAGCAGAAGUGAUAAAAGGCAGCCACUUCAAAAACUUGGCAGCGAACAGACCACCCAAUACAUAUGUUAAGUUAACUCUACUGAAUUCCAUGGGUCAAGAGAUGUCCAAGUGCAAGACAUCCAUCCGCAGAGGGCAGCCAAAUCCAGUAUACAAGGAAACUUUUGUAUUUCAAGUGGCCCUAUUUCAACUUUCUGAUGUGACACUUAUACUAUCUGUGUAUAACAAACGCAGCAUGAAAAGAAAAGAAAUGAUAGGCUGGAUUUCUUUAGGUCUGAACAGCUCUGGAGAAGAGGAACUCAAUCACUGGACUGAAAUGAAGGAGUCGAAAGGACAGCAAGUAUGUAGGUGGCAUGCAUUACUGGAGUCGUGAUGAAGAGGAUGAACGAGCGGUCAGUCAAAGGCAGAAUUAUUUCUUAUUACAACACUGCUGUUUUUACCUGGUCACCAUGAGAAGAGCUAUUCUUUGAAGAAUAAUAUUCAACUCUACCAAAAUUCUUUAGAUGUGUGGAAAGAUCAUCUAAUACUGACAUAAAUAAAGAAAAGAUGUGUCUCUCAUAGAGCUUGUCUGGAAACUGAGAAACUGACAUCAUUAAUGUUAAACUAACGGUCCUCCAGAGAUUUAAAAAUAUGCUUUUGAUUUGAAGUUACUUUUACUUUAGCAAAAGAGCCAGUAAUUUUAUGGAAGAUUAUAAGUGAUUUUAAAAAAUCAGAAUUUUAGUUGCAACACUAUUUUAGUAUCACCCUACAUAUUACCUGAAACAUUUUAAAUGGCCAGUCUUGGUGUUUAUAAUGUUAUUUAAUAUAAAAAAAUAGUUCUCCAGCACUAUCACAAGUCAUAUUUAAUAGUGAAGGGUUUCAAUCACAUUUAAAAUUAUUUUGAUUCAGACAUGUUCUUUGUGCCCUUAGUUUCAUUGUGCCUCGGUUCUUCUCCAUAGCACUAAAUCUAAGUGCAAGCAAGUAUUCAUUUUCACAAAAGAAUUUUGAAGCUUUGUUGUUUUUCAAAAGUUUAUUUCUUUAUUUGCCUUUGCUUUUGCCUGAUCCAAAGAGACCAAGUCAUGUUCUGGUCCCUUGCAAGCCUUCUAGACAGGUUGUACUGUAGAACUAUGUAACUUUCUGUUGAAAGCACUUCCUGUAUUCUUGUAUUCCAAUGUAGGAAGCCAAUAGAACAGGACUUUAUUUUAGAAUUUCUUUCAGUGAUUGACUCUUUACAAUUGUAGUAUUGUGAAAAACUUUUUUUUACAAACUGAAAAAUAAGCUGAGCUAUUGGAAAUUGAAUGCGAUUCAAGUUAAAGAAAAAUUUAAUUGUCUGCUCUGAGUAUUUAGUAAGUAACACUGCAUAAGGCAGGUAGCAUUCAAAAUAAGAAACUCUUCUCUGUCGCCCUCACUUCAGUUUAUAUGGUGAUGUAAAGACUAUCCUGUUCAGUUUGAUUCAGAACAUCAAGUUAAAAACAGUUCUGAGAUUCCUUAUGAAGUUUCUAGUGACUUGUGACUAGAUUUUAUGAAAUUUACAGAUAACGUUCUUCAACGUGAUGUCAUCUUGUGCCUUUCAUGUAAGUUCAAUUUGCUCAUACAGCUUGGAAGUUGUAUUUGCAAAAUUAGGCCUUCGAUUUUUUAUAAAUGUAAAGAUUCCUCAGAACAGUGUCACAAGAUCUUUAUUUCCUCUGACGUAUGUAAAAGUUAUACAAUGUACUAAUUUUUUUUAAAUGGCAAGGCACUUUUAUUUGUUGUUUUUAUAUUUAGGAACUCUGAAUAAUCAAGAAUAUUAUAAGCUAUUUUCUUUUCAAUUUUGCUUCUUAUCUAACAUAUAAUUUAUGCAUAUACUUUAUUAAAUAGAGUAUGUUUUGUAUAUAUGAAAAAUAUUUUCUUUUUUUCUUUCUCAUUUUUAGUAAAGCUAGACAAAAGUGUACUAUUUACCAAUUACUAAAAAGCAGAAUAUCAUUGUUCCUAGUCCCCACUAAGUACAAUAUGUUAUUGUAAGCUAGAACUCAUUAUUACCAUAAUGAAACCAUGCAUAGAUAUUACUACUUCAGCUUGGCUGUACUGAAAGGCCUUAAAAGAGAUUUUUUAAAAACCAUGAAUUCAUAUUUUUUAGUUUAAAAAAGGCAGCUCUGUGCUUUAAUACUUGUGAGUUAUAAGAAAAAAUGCAAAUGAGCAACAUGGGUUUUAAGAAUAUAUAUUACAGAGUUGCAUUAAAGAAAAAAUUCAUUGUUUGUUACAUCAGUGCACUUUUUUCCAGGAUUUUUUAAAUAAAUGAGUUACAGUUAGAACAUGAGUUGAAUGGCAAAAUACCUCAUUUAAGUAUUUUCAUCAACAAUGCAAGAAAAGUUUGAAGGGGGAUGUAGAUUUUACUGAGAAAUUAGAUUUAGGCAUUUGAUGCUACAGUUAUCUUUCCUGUCUUUGAAACAACUGUCUUUGUUGUUAACACCUGGUAUCUUUGUAAUAAAGAGAGUUGUCAGUCUUAUAUGUAGCUGUAACAAAGCUUAAUCAAACACAUUAAUAAGGCCAGUUUGGUGCUUUCACCUUUAGUAAGAAAAAGACAACUGUUAUUUGUUAAAUCUACCUUUCUUCAGACAGAAUUGUGUGUGUGAUCUGAUAUCUCUUUAGAGGCUUAUCUAGUAUAAGUAUCAAAUCUUAUGUAGCCCAAAAACUAAUCAACAUUUUUGUAAAUUUCAGGGAGGACCCUCCUCCACCCCAGCUGCCAAGUCCUCAAAGAUAAUAAAUUAUCUGUAUGUGUGUCAAUACAUACACACAUGCCUACACUCACACACAACAUACAUAUGUACACAUAUAUGUAUUUAUAAUGGUGAAGGUGCCCUGGCUUUUUCAGACUACUGAAUAGAAAAAUAUUCCUCAAAUUUAUGGAUUGUUUUUCUCCUUUAUAUAAAUUACUAGGUCUUAUAUUUGGUUUUGAGGGCUAUUUGGUACCAUUCUCCACCACACAUAGCAAAAUGCACAUCUUUUCUUCUUGUGGCUUGACACAACCUAGAAUAAUUACUCCCCCAAAAUUGUCUAUUUUUUUCCAAAAAGGAUUAGAGUUCAAGAGAUGCACUUCACUGUGCUUCAUCUAACAUACAAGACAGUACUACUACUUUUUUUGUUUACUUGAAUUCACAUGAAAGCUUCAAGGCAAAAUUUUAUAUCUCAGUAAUUAUAGGUGCCCACUGGUGGGCAGCAGGUGUUGACUCAGAAACUUGAGAAAGACGUUCGACUUUCUUGUUGUUCUGCUAAAAUCCCCUAAGCUUCAUAAUUAAAUGAGCUAGUCCAAAUAUGAAGUUGACCAGCAUUUAUGGCAGCUUCUGAAAUCACACUAUCCCAAAGGAACUACAAAAUGUAGUAGUUUAGUAUUGCCCCAGAAACAAAGCAUAUUUCAAAUCAGUGAAGAAUUUGUUUACUAUAAUAUCAUCUUCCCUUUCAGAAGCCUUAUUCUGUAAUCUGUGUUCCCAGUACUGUUCAAUUUGCUUGAAAUCCACUUGUACAUUAUCUUAUCAUGUGUUCAGUGAAUUCUUGAUAGUAUAGUAUUGCCUGACAAAAAUAAUAUAUUAGACCACAAUU